AAGGAAUAGAAAUACUGUAAAUUUUUGAAUUUGAACAUUUUGGGUUCUGCUGUGUUAUUGGUGCCAAUUUUUUUUGCGUUUUGUAUGGUCAAUCUUCAAUAUAAAGUGUGUAUAAAUGUGUAAGCCAACCAAAUGGAGGCACAUCAUUUAACUAUACAUUGCAUAAUUGGCGCCACAAUUCAGUGUUACGAGGUUAUCAGUUAAUUUCUAUUGUCGAAAUCUAAUCUCUAGACAUAAAAAUAUUUUAUAUGAACAAAGUAACACAAGUCAUUAAUAAUUGUUAAAGUAACAAAAUAACAUUAAAAAAUGUCGCAGAAUAAAUUAGAAAGUGUUACACAUUGCAUUUUUGAUAUGGAUGGACUGUUGCUCGUAAUGAAUAAAACCUCAAUGGCAAUUAUUAAGAAAUAUGAGGAGUAUAAAUUAAAGUACCCUACACAUCUGUAUGAGUGGAUUCUACAGUCAAUGAAGGGGGUAAAAAAGCACUUAUCAUGUAUACGGAGUUACUAUACUCGAAAGCUUUUAAUCACAUCACAAAUCGUUAUGGCAAGGAAUUUACAUGGGAGCAUAAAGGAAAGAUCAUGGGCAUGAAAACUAACGCUUCUGCUCAAGCAGUACUCGAAAUGUUGUCUAUACCAUUGACAGUGGAAGAAUUUGGAGCUGAGUUACUUCAAUUGUAUCAAGAAUUAUUUCCUACUGCAAAUCUAAUGCCAGGUGCUGAACGACUUUUGAGACACUUAAAGGAAAAUAAGAUUCCAAUUGCAUUAGCGACAAGUUCCAAUAAAGAGAAUUUUGAAUUGAAAACUCAAAGGUGGACAGAAAUAUUCAAUUUAUUUGAUCAUAAAGUUCUUGGAAGUUCUGAUCCUGAAGUUGUCAAUGGUAAACCAGCACCAGACAUUUUUCUAAUAGCUGCUAAACGUUUCUCUGAUAACCCUGAGCCAUCAAAGUGUCUUGUAUUUGAGGAUGCUCCAAAUGGAGUAGAAGCAGCACUCAAUGCUGGCAUGCAAGUUGUCAUGGUUCCAGAUCCACUACUACCAAAACAUUAUAUCAAAAAUCCAACAUUAAUAAUAAACAGUCUUGAAGAAUUUAAGCCUGAAAUGUUUGGUUUACCGCCUUUUAAAACAUAAUGAAUGUUUAACAUAGAUGACAUGCUGGACAGGUGCAUAUAGUUUUAGCACAUAUACUUUCGUAUAUGGUUACAAAUGCAGAUAGAAAAUUUUAAAAAUUUAUAUUUGUUGAAAAUAUAAUAAACCAUGAAUUUAACUUAUUACAUUAUUUAUUUUUCAUACAAAUAUACAAAAAUAAAUUAGUUUCAAGUACUCCCUCUUAUGUGUACAAAUAUUGGAAUAAAGUACAUAUUCGGAGUAGCUCCGUAUCAUUUUAAAAUAAGUGAAAACUAACGAUUUUAAAACUGACACAAUGCAUAUGCAUGAUAGAAAGCAUCUCGUUGAACCUCUUAUAUUUUAUGAAAUUGUAGACAUUACAUGUUAUUAACAUUAUAAUACAAACUGUGUUAACAGUGUAAAAUUUGAAUUGUAAACCAAUAACGCUGCAUAAGUUUCAUAGUACAAAUUCAUCAAGUUUGUAGAUAUUCUCGUAUAUACGUAACAAAUAUUUCUGAAAAAUGAUAAACAUUACACAUUUUUCUUUUCUUUAUUUUACACAUGUAUAAUAAAUUCCUAACAUAAAUUUAUUCUACAAACAUUCAUUGUAAAAACAUUGACCACAUAUGAGUAUCUAUUUUAACUUUUCAUUUUUUUCUUUUAAUAGCUCAAACUUCAAAGAAAUAUUUAGAAAGAACUUCAUGUUAUAUAUAACACUUAUAGAACUUACCAAAUUUCAUCGCUUGAUCCAUCAGAUAUGUCUAAGGCACCUGUAUUAAAAUCUGUUGGCUUAUAUUGUGAAUUGAAACCUGAAAAUAUUGUAUCCAAACAUACAACAGAAAAUGCAUUCCGACUCAAUAUCUUCUCCAUUGCUUCUUUUAAAGAAUCAUAUGCUGCUCUCAUGCCAUGUGGAUAUUGAGAUAACAAAUCUGAAAAUAUAUUAAACUUUUUAUUUUCUUUUUCACUUGAGAUGUUUGUUAUGCAGAAAAAUUUUAAAUGCAUACUUUUGUACUUUGAUUGACUCACAUCGAAUAAAUGAAGGUAAAAACACAUUUGAUUA